AUGGGGCACCAGAUUCCGCCCAAGGCCCGCUUCAAGUACUCCGCCGCCACUGGCCUCUCCGACAUCAGCUUGCCCACUGCUUGGAGCUCCGCCGCCUUCACCUUCCCCGUCAGCCCGCCUCCCACUUUGACCCCCUUCUUCUCCUCCUCCGAGAGUGGUUAUGGUGUGGUUUUCAAAGGAAGACUGCAUGAUGGUCGUCAGGUAGCUGUGAAAUUCUUGCAUGACUGCAUAGGAAAUGGGGACGAAUUUGUGAAUGAGGUAAUGAGCAUUGGUAGGACCUCUCAUGUUAAUGUUGUUAGCUUACAUGGAUUUUGUUUGGAGGGAUCAAAACGAGCGCUUAUAUACGAGUACAUGCCCAACGGUUCCUUGGAUAAGUACAUUUACUCAGAGAACCCUAAAGAAAUUUUAGGAUGGCAGAAGCUCUAUGAGAUAGCAAUUGGGAUUGCUCGUGGCCUAGAAUACUUGCACCAUAGCUGUAAUAUACGGAUUGUUCAUUUCGAUAUCAAGCCUCAAAAUAUCCUUCUAGACAAGGAAUUUAGCCCAAAGAUCGCUGACUUUGGUCUAGCUAAACUGUCUCAUACAAAGGACAGCAAGCUUUCAAUGACUGGUGCUAGAGGAACAAUUGGAUUCAUCGCCCCGGAAGUUCACUAUCGAACCUUUGGAGUGGUUUCAACAAAGUCAGAUGUUUAUAGUUAUGGAAUGAUGCUGCUGGAAAUGGUUGGAGGCAGAAGAAACGUAAAAUCAAUUGUUGAAAAAUCCAGCGAAAAGUAUUUUCCGGAUUGGAUUUACGACCACUUUGCCCAAGAUGAUGGACUCCAAGCAUGUGAAAUCACGGGCGAAACUGAGGAAAUCGCGAGAAAGAUGAUCGUAAUUGGCUUGUGGUGCAUACAAGUAAUACCUUUGUAUCGCCCCACUAUAACAAAAGUUCUAGAAAUGUUUGAGAGACGCGUAGAUGAUCUGGAAAUGCCACCGAAGCAGAGCUUCUGUGAACUACUGUAA